AUGAAUUUGAUUUUAGUUAUCCUUGGUGCAUUGUGUAGUCUAAUUAGAGGAUCAGCCAAUACCAUUGAAUCACUGUUGCUAAAAGAAGAAAUUCUACUUGAAAGAAAUAAAAUACUGAUAAGGGAAGUUGAGGUUUCAAAGAUGAAUGAGAAACUACCAGUAGCAGAGUUAAAAGUGGUAUUUAAUAAUGCUAGAGCGGCGGAAUUUGAUUUAAACAAACUCACAGUAAACAAGUUGGAACUUGAAGUUAUGGAACCAAUUCUAAACAAUAUGGUGAAUUGCUGUAUGAUGUUAACUGAAAGAAACAAUACUACUAAAGACUCUAAUUUCAGCAUUACAAUCAUCGACAGCAAAUUGAGAGAAAAAGUAACAAGAAGUCUCAAAACACUAAAUAUGAUUCCCGUGUUCAUAACAACACAGGAUUGUAAAGUAGCAUGCCAGGUUGCAUUAUUGAGAGUCAAAUAUCAAUUAAAGCAACUAGAACCAAAACUUAGAGAACUAAAUGAGGUAAAGAAAGAGAAAGAUAGGUUAUUGUCGCAAAAGAAGAGUGAACUUAAGGCAUUAAAGAAAAAUACAAUAUUAUUGAAGAAAAAAGUACACAAUUGCACCACUGGUAUUAAAAGGGUUCAGACGAAAAUCAAACAGAAAAAAGAGGUUUAA